GGAAGCAUAAUUACGCAAACCGGAAAUACGUAAAACAUCGCACACAAGUAUCUCCAUUUUCAGCUGGCGUUGUUGUUACAUUUCUUCUGGAGUAAAUUCGACCUUUACCGUUUCUUGUUGGACUAAAACGGUUUUUCCAAGAUGGGGGGCGGAGAUUUGAAUUUGAAAAAGAGCUGGCAUCCCCAGACUAUGAAAAACAUUGAGCGUGUUUGGAAAGCUGAGCAGAAAUAUGAGGCCGAACGCAAGAAAAUCGAGGAGCUGCAGAAAGAGCUGAAGGAGGAACGAGCCCGAGAAGAAAUCACCAAAUAUGCAGAGGAAACUGGUGCUAUAAAAAAAAAGGAUGAUCGGCUGGACUGGAUGUACCAGGGCCCGGCUGGUCAGGUGUCCAGAGAUGAGUAUCUCCUGGGACGUGCUAUUGACAAGCAGAUCACAGACCAAUACGAGGAGCCCGAGAGCGGUCCAUCAGCGGAGACAGGCCUCCUGCCUGGGUCCAUCUUCAACCCCAUCACUCCUGCCUCCAGCCUUGAUAUGGCUGCAAAGAUAAGAGAAGAUCCUCUGUUUGAAAUCAGGAAACGUGAGGAAGAGAAGAAGAAAGAAGUUCUGACUAAUCCUGUGAAGAUGAAGAAAAUCAAAGAAAUGCUGCGUCAGAAUCUAGACAAGAAAGACAAGAAAAAGAAGAGAAAGAAGGAGAAAAAGGAGAAGAAGGGAGACAAAGAGAGGAGAAAAGAAAAGCGUCAUAGAAGGAGAAGUUCAAGUUCAAGCUCUGAUGAUGAAAUGGAAAAAAAACACAGGUCACAUUCAAAAAAUGGCUCUUCGGCAGACCUAAGGUCUCGUUCCCAUCAUGUCCCAGGCUUUGGCCUACAGCUCCCAGGUGGGGGAUAUCACCAGUCGUCCGUUCGUUCCAACCACUCAAUGCAGCGUGAGAGGAGUUGUUCCCGUUCACCUCACAGGAUCCACAGGGACAGUCACUCGUCUUUACACAAAAAUGACAGGAAGAUUGACAGAGCUUCUAGCCCAAAGAAGGAGCAAUACCAACGACAGAGGAACCACGUGUCCAAGAAGCUCUCGACUGAAGAGCUUGAGCGCAAGCGGAGGGAGAUGAUGGAGGAGGCCAAGCAGAGGGAGGAGGACAGGGAGAACAAUGUGAAAAGAUACAAGAGGCAGGACGAGCAGGAAAAGCAGAUGGAAAAAACGACCAAGCAUGAGCGUCAUUCUGGCUUCAUCCAUGACAUGAAGCUGGAGAGUGCUGCCACCUCUUCCUUAGAAGAUCGUGUCAAGAGGAACAUCUACUCUAUUCAAAGGACACCAGCUUCCCUGGACAAUUUUAUGAAAAGAUAAAGACAUUUGUUUUUUUUUACAACAGAAAAAAUAGAUGUGCUCAGUUAUGACUUCAUACUUGGAAGCUGUUUAAUGCCUCUGGCUGUUCUGUUGUAGUUACCAACAUCCUUGUAAGAUUAAUGUGAUUUAAACUUUGUACAGUAUAUUGUUUUUGUUUUUACAUUAUAAUGGGAUCUUUUUUUUAUCUUAAUGGGUUUGUGAGACAUCUUUUAUCUGGUGUACUCCUGUGAGUAGUAACUAGAAUAAAAAUAUCUUUCCUGA